AUGGGCGCUGGUGAAGAAGAAGGUUUAAAACUUGAAAAUGAAGCAUUACGUUCAUUACUAAACGAUGCUAAUCAUUUAAUCAGUACAAUUAAAUCGCAUACAUUAACAUUGGAAACAGAAUUAAAUGCAAAAGUCAAUGAUGUCGAUCGUUUAUCCACUGAAUUGUGUCGAUUGAAAAAUCGUCUCCUUUUAGAUGGUUUAACACAGUAUUUAGAAAGAGUAUAA